GAUCAAAACGAAAAAGAAGGCUGGAAAUUGCCUUGGAAGUCACUAUGGCCCGUCACAAAACGUGUUUUACAGGUAUCCUGAAGCACCAGAGCAUGAUGUCGUUCAUUUAUGAGGCGAAUUAGACGCUUUCCCAGCCACCCAUUUUGAUGAGACCCUGCUCGAAAAACCCUUCACGGCGGCGACCUACCACCAACAUCCAGCCAUCUUUUCGACCUGCCACUUUUUUAACUAAUAGAUACUUGCUUCGCGCACGAACCUUGAAGAUGCAUUCCUUAAUUAAUUGCUUAUGUUAUUAUUGGCGGAGUUGCUUACAGGAUGAUGGAUCUUGGAUCUUUGGAUUUGCGCAGAGUGAAGCACUCACGACCACAGCUGCAACAAGUGCAAACGUCAGAAUUACUUAGCGGUGUGGAUGUGCGCUACGGAGAAAACACACCGUCACUUCCAUCGAGUACUUCUGAUGCAGCUACGGUGACACGGUGGGCAACCCCUCCAUCUCGUUUUCGUACUCCGGAGCGAAGCCACGAGAACUUGGAAGAUUCGAUAGAGGCCCCUUUGAUCAGAGCAAGUGACUGGGAAGCGUCUCAUCAGAGAUACAACAGCAAUAUGGUUCGAUUCGACGAACAGCAGAUAAGAAGUAUGGAAGCCAAAGCCUCAGGGAGACCGAGAAGGAUGUCAGAUCAGGUGGAGGAUGAGAGUCCUCCGACUCCCAAUAACGACGAUACACCAUUUAUCCGAUUCGCGAUCGAUCAAUUGACGAGGGAUGAGGAAGCGAGACGAGAAGCAAGAAGAACUCAACAACUCGAGCAAGGCCAACAGCCAACUAAUUCGCAAAGCUCUGAAGAGUAUCCAGUGGAAAGGAUCAUUCCAGAUGAAAACCGCUAUAUUCCCCAACGACCAACCCGAGCAGAACUCGCACUCAUCAGAAAACAUCGUUCUACACCUGGACCUGGACGAUUAUUUGGGUUCAACGCCACGCCACCUCUCUCAACACCACCUACCGAAGACGAGGGAAGAAUACCCAUAACAGCACCUCCACCAGCUCGCUCACCUCCCAACGGAAAAGAUGCCGAAAUAUUCAUUCCCACACUACCUUCUCCCAACGCCAAACGACACUCGGAGCUCAAAUUUCUUCCGACGAUUUUACGGCCUUUGUCUUUGCUAGCGAUUAUUACAUUAUGUCUUAUGAUGACUGCAGCGAUUAUGUUUUGCGCGAUUUAUUCAAAUUAUCACGAUGGUCUUUAUUCAUGGGAUAGCGGUGUUUCUGGGGGUAGAUAUUUUAUAUUUGGAUUUUUACCACAGAUUCUUGGAGCGUUUAUAUUUUUGUAUGUUCAAUAUUUAAUGGGUGCCAUUACGAGAAUAAUGCCCUAUGUAUUAAUGGCGAUGGAAGAUGCGGAGCCCCGCACCAACGCAUUGUUUCUGGAAGCGUUUCCACGCCACAUGUUGUGGCCGAGAUGGGACGGGCCUAUGAUGAUUGAUAUUGGGGUCUCGUGUUUAUGGUUAUCUAUUUUCACGAUUCCGCUCCAGGGAUGUUUGUUUUCUGUAGUGUUGGUAGAUGGAAAUUGGAAAUGGACUGCUGUUCAAGGGAUUGCGUGGACUUUGGUUGCGAUCUACAUAUCGAUGUGUAUGGGAUUAGUUCUUAUUGGAGCCUUUUUCUUCCGUCGAACAACUGGAUUAUUGUGGGACCCUCGAUCGUUAGCGGAUCUGAUCUCGCUAUUACCACGAAGCAAUAGUCUCAGAGAUUAUCCAGGUACCGAGACCAUGAAAUCUAAACAAGAGAUCAGAGUCAAAUUAGCAGAUCGAAGUGAUCGAUUGGGAUAUUGGAGAACCCCUAGUCCGACACAAGGGAUUUUCUAUUCGAUAGGAGAAACAGGCGCGCCUACAAGACGAUAUACUCUAGAAGGCGGAAAAGCAGAAAGAAAAGUAAGCAGCGGUAGUGGUCUACCUGAUUUGGAAGAAAAUCGUUCAUCUCUUCAUGAUGACGCGACUCGAUUCCGAUACAUUCCAUGGUUUCUGCGCGACACAUUCGUAGUCCUGUGGUCUGUGACCGCUUUUUUCCUCUUGCUAGCUUUGAUCAUCGUAUCAUUCCUUCCUUCUACUGCCAUACGCCAUGGAUUCAAACCCUUGGUUAUUGCAGACCCCAACGGAUCUGGAUAUUCCGCAGCAAACUUUCUGUAUAGUUUCAUCCCAUCUCUCAUCGGGAUGAUGCUAUACCUCCUUUUCCAACCCAUCGACAUGGCCUUCCGCAAACUCCAACCCUGGGCCGAACUAUCCAAGCCCGACGGUUCCCCAGCAGUAAAAUCUCUUCUACUCGACUACCCCGCUUCUCUCCCUAUCCAAAGCACCAUUACCGCGCUUGGAAAUGGUCAUUUUCGGGUCGCCUGGUUUUCUCUCGUCUCCCUUCUCUUCAUCAUCCUUCCAAUUCUCGCGGGAGGAAUGUUUUUCCCCUUGACCAUUACUUCGGGGGAAGUACGCAUGCUUCCCAAUCUCCCUUCUUUCUACAUCUGCCUCGCAUUCCUCAUCAUUUAUUUCCUGACGCUUCUGCUCACGAUCCCCAAGAGACGCACCAUGCAUUUACCACAUUCGGUCGAUUCUCUAGCUGAGAUAAUCAGCUUUGUUCAUUCAAGUAACAUUCUAGAUGACGCAGCGUUUAGUGCUCCUCGGUCGAAAAUAGAUCUGGUGACGAGGCUCGUGAGUGCAUCGUCACACUUUAAGGGAGAAGGAGUGAAAUACGCAUUUGGGGUUGGUUUAGGGAGAGGUGGAAAGGAAAGCUUGGGGAUUGAGCGGUUAGAAAGGAGAGGGGGUGAUCAUGUUAUGAUUAUGGGGUGAUUGGCAAUAUGGGAGCGGACAGGAUGACAGGAUGAUGGCUUAUGAUUAACUUUUUAAUGAUUGAUGAAUGCUUGAAUAAAGCUAAUGUGACGGAUGGACGGAUGGGUCUUUGGUCUUGAAAUGGGAAUCUCGGCUUUAGCCACGCGCGGUGUUUGGGAUUGGGAAAGCGUAGUGAUAUGAAGCUAGAUGAAACAAGAUGAUAUGAGAUGGUUACCAGAGAAUGGAUGACCAACACGGACAUGAACAGAGCACGUCGCCCAUAGGACUUAAUGUCGGAUGUUUUAGCAGGGACAACGAAGAAUAUACUAUAAUGUAGUAGUCUCAAUGUUCUGAUUAUGAAAAGAUCUGUCCUUCACUUCAAGCAGUUUGUUAAGGAUUCCUGAAUUGCACCA